AUGGGCCAGCGAGGCGACUACGUGAAAGGGUCCCACACCGUGUCUGAUUUUCCAUUAAACCAGAAGGAACAGAACGUGAUUGGACCCGGUGACACAGUGUACCGCUACUUAUGCCCCCUGAGAAAAAUCGGAAGCAUUAUCGGCAUAGGUGGUGAUAUAGCUCGACAGCUGAGGGCUCAGACUCACGCAAGAAUCAGGAUCAGUGAGAGCAUCCCGGGCUGUGACGAGCGUGUGGUCACCAUUUACAGUCCAAGCGAGGAGACCAACACGUACGAAGACGAGCAUCUUUGCCCUGCACAGGAUGCACUUCUCAGGGUGCAUGAUAAGGUGGUGGCCGCGGACUCGCUGCCCGCGAAUGGCUCAUUUGAGGAAACCUUUCAGGUCGUUGUGCGUCUGCUCGUGCCUUCGGACCAGAUAGGCUGUGUGAUCGGUAAAGGCGGGCAGAUAAUCAAGGGUAUACGCAACGAGACUCAUGCUCAGGUGAGGAUCUUGGGCAGCGAGCAUUUGCCGCCAUGUGCUUUGAGUUCGGAUGAGCUUAUCCAGAUUAAUGGUGAAGCCGCCGUCGUUAAAGAAGCCCUUUACCAAGUGGCAUUUCGUCUUCACGAUAAUCCCUCCCGCUCACAGCAUUCUCUAUUGAGCUUGCCAAGCAUCUAUAAAUCAGGAAUCUCUUUGAAUAAUUCACAUGCUGCCCCAACCUCGUUAAUGGGCCCUUAUGGUGGUGGGAAUCACAAACAUGACGGCCGGGAUUGGUCUUCCAUUCCCAGGGAAUUCAUGCUCCGUUUGGUCUGCCCCACUGAGAAUCUUGGUGCCGUGAUCGGCAAAGGUGGGGCCACUAUCAAACAAAUAAGGCAAGAAACGGGUGCGUUUAUUGUGGUCGAUAGUAAUGGUGCGGAUGGAGAUGACUGCAUUAUAUCCGUGUCUUCCAAGGAGAUGCUCGAAGCUCCAUCUCGAACAAUUGAUGCGAUAAUACGUUUGCAAUCACGGUGUAGCGAGAGAGUCGAAUGCAAUUCAAAUGAACUCGUGAUCACAACUCGUUUACUAGUGCCUAGUCACAAGGUUGGAUGCAUCAUCGGUAAAGGAGGGGCCAUCAUUAAAGAGAUGCGAAGUACCUCCAGAGCAAACAUUCGUGUUUUUGCUGAUGAAAAUGUCCCAAAAGUUGCAUCUGAAGAUGACGAGAUGGUCCAGAUUACAGGGGACUUGAGUGGUGCCAAAAAUGCGUUGCUACAAGUAAUGCAGCGCUUGAGGACCAACACAUUUGAGACUGAUGGGAGUUUACCGGCCUUUCCAAAUGAUGCAUUUAACGGGCAUAAACAUGUCAAUCGUGAUAAUAGGACACAUAAUUCAGGAUAUUCUGCUUACUCUGGUGGCUACGGCUCUAAUAAUUUACCACCAACUGAGAGUUUCGACAGUUAUGACGAGUCGCAGGUUGUGAGUGAAAGUGGCUAUGGAGCGUAUGGUGUUUAUUCAUCUGGAGAUCACUCAACUGGUGCCGGCUAUGGUGCAUGA